AGGAUUGUUAUGACUGCACGUCUACCGUCUACCUAGCUAGAAUUAACUAGAACUAGCGCUUUGACCAUUUUGUUCAGCUGCUUUCAGGCGACUUACCUAAUGCAAGUUCGUACCUAAUACUUAGGUUAAGUAAACGUUUCCCCAUAAAAACUUUUCUUAUCGAUUGGAUUAUCAUCAUUCUCGAUAAGCUGUCCGGCACAAUAUUUUCCUCAAUUGACUUUCAAGGGUCCUGAUUCAAGCACAUGCAAUUAACCUACAACUUAACAAUUUGCUUCUACAAACAUGGUCAAUCGCAACUUGUUCUACUAUGAAGAGGACUGCAAUUGAGGAAGCCGAGGACCCUAAUGGGACCAAAGCUAAGAGAAGUAGGAUUGCCGAUCCUGAUGAAUUCGACUUUGAACUAGACGUUGACGAUGUUGGUUCCGACGACGAUGAAUCACACUAUGCCGGCACAUCAUCUACUAUUCCUGCCAACGAUACCCCAUUGACUCCUCUUUCCCCUGCUCGCAAGUUUCCUUCAGACCUCAAGACGAUCAAAUGUACAUUCCCCGAUUGCGACAAGACGUUCAACCGCCCAGCCCGUCUUGCUGCCCACAUGCGAUCUCACAACAAGGAGCGACCGUAUAAAUGUUCAUUCCCUGGUUGCGACAAAGACUAUAUUGAGGAGAAACACUUAAGACAGCAUAUCAAGGGUUCCCACACUGACGAGCGCGAACAUCGUUGCGUCCAACCUGGUUGCGGCAAGAGUUUUAUGACCGCUACUCGUUUGAGACGACACCAAGCUGUUCAUGAGGGCCAAGAGAGAUUCCGAUGCCGAGACUUCCCGCCAUGUAACCAGUCGUUCCGCAAGCAUCAGACUUUACAACGUCAUAUCCGCGCCGAGCAUCUUCGUGUUGCUCCCUACCCUUGCGACUAUAAAGAUGGCACAUCGGGAGAUGCUUGUGGCGCAGGGUUCGAUAACGCUGGAGCUCUAAGACGCCACCAAGAGCGAGAACAUGGUGAGAUUCGCUUCUGGUGUGAGGAAUGCAGUACCCACCAGGAGAAUAUCGAUGGCGAUCAACCGGAGAGAGUAGGAUUCACUACAAUGGCCCUAUUGCAGGCUCACAUGAAACAAGAUCAUGUCAGCUGUAUGUUCUGUGGGGUCCAAUGUAAUGGCAGGUCAGAUCUUGAGCAGCAUAUCGACUCGGAGCACUCAAAUCCUAAGAGCAUCGAGGAACGAAAAAAUAUUGCUUGCACGUGGCCGGGCUGUACCAAGACAUUCACCAAGAAAUCAAACCUUAAUGUUCACGUACGAAGCUUCCAUGAGGGUCUGCGGUUCGUCUGCGGAAAGGUUGAUCUCAGUGGGGCAGAUGGUUUGGAGUGCUGGUUACAAUCCGAUGGUUGCGGGGAGAGCUUUGUUACCAAAGCCAAUCUAGAGAACCAUGUUCGCUAUAUACAUCUAAAGUAUGAACGACCAGAACAGCCUCAGGGAGUAUCCAAGCCCAAGCGACGCGAUCCGUCUGAUAUCCUCGAAGAGCUCACGGGUAUGGGGAAGUCUAGACGGACACUGCCAUGUACAAUUUCUGGCUGUGCCGCCAAAUUCAUACACAAUGGCGAACUUGAGGCACACCUACGAAAUGAGCAUAUUAUCGAGCACGCACUACAACAACUAGCAGAGCCGGGGGCAGACCCAAUGCUGCCUAUGGUAUUUGACAAUAUGAUGCAAGGGGCAGGGAAUUUGGAAGAGGCGGGUGGUAGGAACGGCGAAUUCUGGAUUGGGGCUGAUACUGGUCUGGAGGGUUCAAUGGCACCAAGGUUUGACGAGGAAUGGUUUCACGACGAGGCCGAGAUGAGACAACUCAUCCAGCCUAGUGAUUUGGAUGGCUUGAUCGACCCGGCAUUGAAUGAUUCGUAGUAAGGAUCACGGGAUACGGAGAAAAGUUAUGAUACCCUUUGCUUUAUGAACGAGGAAUGAGCCAGAUUUGGCGCUCUGUUUUACGAACAAGGUACGAAUAAAACAAAUUAGUGACAUGAUAUUGUCCUGGAGUGAUGGGCAUUAUUUUGCUGAGUUUUAUUGACGUUUAUAUUUCUUUUUUUUCUUUUCAUUGAUGCUCUACUAGGUUGAAUCUUUACCGAAGGUCUAGAAUUUCAAAAGCUCAACGUAGAUGUAGACUUAGUACCUACAUGUACCUACAUAUGUAGAUACUUGCUUAGGUAAGUGUCUUUGUACAUAAUCUGUUGUCUUAGGCGGACCCAUAAAAAUAAUGUCUUCGAUACCUUAUCAACGGUGCCGUAUCC